CUCGCCUUUCGGGGGCUGCGUGUGUGCACUGCAGCUGCGGCCGGGAGCCGCCUGCAGCCUGCGGCUCAGCAAAAUAGCGCCACGAUGGCAGAGAAGGGCAUGGAUCCCGCCUGCGUCUCCAUCGCCCUGGAGGACACGGUGUGCCACGCCAGCCCCCCGGAUGCCCCGCUGCUCACCACCCACCUGAAGAAGGUGGAGAACCACAUCACGGAGGCCCAGAGGUUCUCCCACCUCCCGAAGCGCUCGGCCGUCAACAUCGAGUUCAUCGACCUGUCCUACUCCGUGCGCGAGGGCUCCUGGUGGAGGAAGAGAGGGUACAAAACUCUCCUCAAUGCCUGCGGGAAGUUCUGCCAGCGGGAGCUCAUCGGGAUCAUGGGGCCCUCGGGCGCCGGCAAGUCCACGCUGAUGAACAUCGGGCUGGCUACAGACGGCAUGAAGGGGCGAUCCUGGUGAACGGUCCGGCCGCGGGAGCUGCGCACCUUCCGCAAGAUGUCCUGCUACAUCAUGCAGGACGGACAUGCUGCUGCCGCCCUCACCGUGCUGGAGGCCAUGAUGGUCUCCGCUAACCUGAAGCUGAGCGAGAAGCAGGAGGUGAAGAAGGAGCUGGUCAACGAGAUCCUGACGGCGCUGGGGCUGCUGGAGUGCUCCUACACCCGCACCAUCUCGCUCUCGGGGGGGCAGCGCAAGCGCCUGGCCAUCGCCCUGGAGCUGGUGAAACCCCCGGUCAUGUUCUUCGAUGAGCCCACCAGCGGCCUGGACAGCGCCUCCUGCUUCCAGGUGGUGUCCCUGAUGCGCCUGGCGCAGGGCGGCCGCACCAUCAUCUGCACCAUCCACCAGCCCAGCGCCAAGCUCUUCGAGAUGUUCGACAAGCUGUACAUCCUGAGCCAGGGCCAGUGCAUCUUCAAAGGCGUCGACCAACUCAUCCCCUACCUGAAGGGCCUCGGCCUCCACUGCCCCACGUACCACAACCCCGCCGACUUCAUUAUCGAGGUGGCCUCAGGAGAGUACGGGGACCUCAACCCGGUCCUGUUCCGCGCCGUGCAGAACGGCAUGUGCACCAUGGCCGAGAAGAAGAGCAGCCCCGAGAAGGCCGACCCGUCGUGCCCGGCGCACUGCGUGGCGGACGUGGACCACAUCGAGAGCCACACGUUCGCCACCAGCACCUCCACCCAGUUCUGCAUCCUCUUCAAGAGAACCUUCAUCUGCAUCCUGCGGGACACGGUGCUGACCCACCUGCGGUUCAUGUCCCACAUCUGCAUCGGGGUGCUGAUCGGGCUGCUCUACCUGCACAUCGGCAACGACGCGGGCAAAGUCUUCAACAACACCGGCUUCCUCUUCUUCUCCAUGCUCUUCCUCAUGUUCGCCGCGCUGAUGCCCACCAUCCUCACCUUUCCCCAGGAGAUGUCGGUGUUCCUGCGGGAGCACCUCAACUACUGGUACAGCCUGAAAGCCUACUACCUGGCCAAGACCAUGGCCGACGUGCCCUUCCAGGUGAUCUGCCCCAUCGCCUACUGCAGCAUCGUCUACUGGAUGACGGGCCAGCCCCCCGAAGCCACGCGCUUCCUCCUCUUCUCCGCCCUGGCCACCGCCACGGCCCUGGUGGCUCAGUCCCUCGGGCUCCUCAUCGGAGCUGCCUCCACCUCGCUGCAGGUGGCCACCUUCGUGGGCCCCGUCACCGCCAUCCCCGUCCUGCUCUUCUCGGGCUUCUUCGUCAGCUUCAAGACCAUCCCCACCUACCUGCAGUGGAGCUCCUACGUCUCCUACGUCAGGUACGGCUUCGAGGGCGUCAUCCUCACCAUCUACGCCAUGGAGCGCGAGGACCUGGAGUGCCUCGAGGACUUCUGCCCGUUCCAAAAGCCCAUCAAGAUCCUGCAGGAGCUGGACGUGGAGGAGGCCAAGCUCUACCUGGACUUCCUCAUCCUGGGCAUCUUCUUCGUCAUCCUGCGGCUCCUGGCUUACCUGGUGCUCAGGUACAAGGUCAAGUCGGAGAGAUAAAGGGGCCGCGGGUCCCCGGUGCCGCUCCCGGGCCUGGCCUGGGGACAGACACAGCUGGACCCGGCGCCCCGGGCCGCGUCGGUGGGUGCCAGCCAGGCCUGGCUCAGUCGAGAAGGGUUUUGAGACAUCUCGGAACUGUUUUAACCUUUCCACGCACUCUUCAUCGCAAAAGUUUUGUACAGCCCUGGCGCCUGCCACCCUCAUUCCCCUGGGGACUGUCGGACCCACGGAGCUUGGGGCCCCUCCGGCCGCCCUGCCCCUCUCCGAGGGGCACCGGGGACGGUCCCACGGGGCCAAGGGGGGCUGCUCCGUGCCAGGAGGGGACACCCGCAGAGCCAUCACGAGCCCCCGGAGCACCAGGCCGGCAGCACGUGCAUCAGCAUGGAGAGGAGCCCGAAUAUUCAACAGGCCCAGUUGCACAAGGCUUUCGUGUUUCCUGCCGCCGUAGCCACAGAGAUUGCUGCAUCCCCUUUUCCUUUCGGCCUAGAUCCCCCUCUUUUUAUUUUUUUCCUCUUUUUUUUAAUUUUUAUUUUAACCCUCGCUGCUUCCAGCCUGCAUGGAGAGGAAGGGGAGUCAGCAGGCAGAGAAGCUGGGGCUCUCUCGUGCCGCUGCUUGGGUCCAUCCUCAGAGGGAUCUGCAGACCUGGGGACCUGGUAGGGUCUGUAGGAUUGGGACAGGGCUCUCAGACCUCAGACAGCCUUGUGUUUGGUCCCUGUUGUCUCUGGGAUCCGAGCCAAGAGGAUAAAAGCAACCAACAUGGAGAGAAGUGACCGGUCCCACCAAACCCCGCACGGAGGAUUUGGGUCCCCACCGUGCCGUCGCUGGAGCUCUGUUGCUGGGGCUGGCCCCGAGCCCUUCCCUUGUGCCUCCCUCCUCUCCUUCCCUGGCACCACUGCGGCCGUCUCAGCAGGACGGGGAGGACAGCACUGCUCAGCACCGCCUGCGUGCUGCCCGCGAGGAGGCGAUGGGACACGGCCCCGUCGCAGCGGGACCCUCCCGGGGUAGGAGCGCACAGAAACGGGUCCCAGCAGCACCGGGGCUGGAAAGCAGGUGAGGUCUUGGAGCGGUUUGUGCGCGUCGGGUGCGCCUGGUGCCGGGAACAGCUUUGCACUUGGGCACUGGUGUCCGGAUGAGGUCCCUUUUGGCAAGGGUCCCUGGCGGCUCCACCGAAGUCACCCCUCACGGAGGGAAGGCAUUCGGGCACCUCGCUGCCUGUCCGAAGGAACGGAGCUGAGGCCGGGGCGCGCACACUGCUGUGCUGGCGCCAGGACACGGGGCUGCGCUGAUGCCACCAGCAACCCGCUGCUUUCUGGUGGGCACAGACACGGGAGGGCACAGCUCGGCCCUGGCUCCAAGCGCAGGCUGUGCCAGGCUGCUGCCGGCACGCUCCGAGCAGCGGGGCACCGCCGAGCGAAGGACGGACUUCAGCAAUAUCCUCGAGGCUCUGCUUCGCUUUUCUUGGCUCGUGCUGGGACUGCUCCGCACCGCGGGGGCCAGCUGGCAGCGGGCGGAUGGAUGGCAGAUGCAGAUGGGCAUGCGGCAGGGCUGGGUUUCCCCUGCCUGGACAGCACAGACACGAGGAGCUCGUAGCCACGGGGGCUCUCCUGCACGAGGGGCUGGCGGCAGGACGUGCCCCGGUGCCCUUCCCCUGCUGAGCAUUGGGGUUUUCCCCAAGGGCUCUCGGCUGACUUAUAGCUGUCCCUCCUGAAAUUCCCCUCGGUUCCUGGAUCCUCCUUCACCCCUGACCCGUGCCACGUCCUGCGGUGAAGCUGCACAGGCUUGGAGCGCUGCUGCCUCCUGGACACGAUGCUGCGAACCCGGGGGCAUGGGGAGGGGGACCCGUCCCCACGUCUGCGCCAUCACCAGGGGGUGGCGGAGCUGCAGGGCUGUCACCCACCUCCAUUUCACUCUCUGGGGGGCUCUUGGACCGCUGCCCGCUUCUGCCCUGCUUUUGGGGCUUGUUCAGCCUUGCCCAGCACGGGGUGCGUGCUGCUGGGCUGGGGCUUUUCCCCUGGGUGUGGAUACCGAGGCGGCAGGAGGUGCUGAUGGAGCAGCUUGAUGUGGGCCCUGCCUCCUGCUGCUCGCAGCCUGGGGACCAGGGUGAGCAGGACAAGCGCUGGGGUGAGCUCUGCAGCUGGAGAACGGCUCUGCCGGGGGGUUUGGGGUGUGGGGAUGGGGUCCCUGAGCUGGGUCUUGGCUUGUCCUGGGCGCUGUGGGGGGCACGCAGCAGCAAGGAUGCACUUUAUGAGAGCAGGGGUACGGGACUGGGGGUGCUUCUGCAUCUGUGGGCAUCCCCACAGGGAACGCGGCUGGAUAAUCGCGAGGAGCGUGAUGGAGAAGAGCAGGCUUCUUCCCCCACGCCUCCUCUCCCUCCUGCACCCUCCCUGCCCCUGCCGUGCACUUUGAAGGGACAAGGACGCGGAUCCGGCUGUGGCUCUGGCUCCUGGGGAGCGCCGGUUGCACUCCACCCCCUCUAAACCUGCUUCAGCUCCUUCCCCUGGCUCCGUCAACCCCAAGGCAGGGGCGCAGGGAUCCGGCCCCUCGCCUCCACCCGUGGCCAGGCCCCUUUGGCACACUCACAGGAGCAGCGCACCCCCUCAUCCCUUUGGGUUUGCUGGAGGGGGCAGCGGGAGCGCAGGGAGGGUCUCGCCCCCUCCCCGAUCAGGCAAUAAACGUGUUUCGUUCUCGCUCUGCGUGCCCACCUUCCCUCCCAGCCUCCACCACGGAGCACCCCGCUGCUUUUCCAGCCUUUGCCGUGCCGUGUUGGUAAGGGGGGGGGGGGGCAGCUUUAAUCCGUGCCCCCUGGGGCCAUUCGCCAGAAAAGCGUGGAGGCAGCAGCUCGGAGGCCAAGGGAGGUGGGCGCAGGGGGUGUUUGCCCAGCUCCUGCCGCCUCGCCAGGGGGAGGCUGCGCAGCGGGGCCGGGGCAUUGCUACCCCUACAGUGGCCUGGCCGGACCCAGGCGAGGGGGAGCGAGCCCCCGGGGCUCUGGGGGGAGUGGGGGGGGCUGCUGCAGGUGAGGGUCCCGUGGGGACAGCGUGUGCCGGGGUCCCAGCGGUGCUCAGCAGUGUCCGGAGGGCCGUGGAGCAGGCGGAGGCGUCGCGGCGUGUGUCGGUGUUCGGGGGCUGCCAGCUGUACUCGUGGGGUUUCACACAUCAAUAAAACCUAUAUUUAUAGUG